GGGCGCUGCUUGGUCCUCCGAAAUGUUGUUCGGUCUGUUUGUUGUACCUGAUUUUAAGAAAUAAUGAACAAUGUAAGUGUUUGGGAAGUGACUUUUGGAACUUAACUACAUCUUGCAACGUGUCUGCACAAGUUUAUGAAGACAAAAGUCGCGUUGAAGAAGAACCGUGGUCUCUCGGCCCCUCUUCAGGAGUGAAUAAAUUUCAGAUGGUCUUUACCUGAACUGAAGUCAAGCCACAUUUGGCUGUCACCCUGCUCCAUUCAAAAACAUGGCAGAUAAUUUUUACAAGUUGGAAGAUGAAGCCUUCCCCAGUUUCCUCUGCAAGUCUCUGGACAGCACCAGUGGCCGCGCCACACUGGGGAAUGUGACAUUGGGUUCAGGCCCAGGACUCCCAGUGGCCGCCUCUACAGUGGCUAAAAUUAAACCUAGCUCGGACAACAGAGGAGAUCCUGUUGAGGCGUCAUAUCUAGAGGGCAGAGAGCUGCAGCAGGCCGACACAAAGUCAUCUGCUAGAGAACAGCCUAAGUUCGCCCUCAGCUUCAAAGAUGACUUGGACGAUGCAGAUGACUUCAUCGCAGCCCACCGUUUUUCAGACAUGCUGGUGAAGAUUAAUUUGGAAGAAAGUGCAUCUCAAACCCAAGGCCCCAACCUGGGGCUUCCCCCCACACAUAUGAGCUCAGUCAGUGGCCGGCCCACAGAACUUGGAACAGAGCUGUCAACAGGGCUUCUGACAUUUGCCCAGUUUGGCUAUAAAGAUGGUCCAGAUGCAAAGGCUCAGCCCUUGCCCGCUACAGCUGAAGAGGACAUUGUGCAGAGUGAAGGAGUGGACAGUGACCAUUUCACUGGCAGUAACUCAAGCUUCCUGGCAAAUGAGAAGCUCAUGUCUGUGGACAGCAUGAACAGCGAUAUCACAGAUGAUGACAUUGAUUCAAACAACCUGCCUGAUGAUGAGCUGGAACUGUAUUUCAAUAAGAUGGUUCCUCCUGCUAUGCAGAGAGGCAGAGUGGAGGGCCAGGAGAUUCCUGCAACAGGACUCCCAGCUGCUGCUGACAGCAUAUCAAACCCAAGUUCAACAGACCCAGAACAGUAUAGACACCAGUUCCUUGAUGACUACAAUCAGGAGGACUUCCAGAUGCCUGAUGUGCGUCUUGCUGCUACAGGUAUGGACUCCUGUCCUGCUAGUGAUGAGGACACUGAGGAUGAGCUGGAGUCUGCCAGAAGGAACAGCAAUGCUGCCAGGACACGGCUGCUGCCCAGCACCUCCAGACAACUGGUUGGGGAGAGUAAUCGUCCGAGUUUCAGGCCGGGCUUAGAGGGAGGCAGUUCUGAUGAUGAGGCUUCCAGCAGCCGUGGUGGUCCAUCUCUGUCUGGGAUUGAACACAGACGAUCUGCUGAGGGACAAGUCAUCAACCCUCCGGUCACAGGGGAUGGAGGAGGUGGUGAUGGGAGCAGCGGGAGUGAGGAAAGUGGAAAUGAUGGUGGAGUUUCAACCAUCCCUCUCCCAACAACCGUAGUCCAGACCACCUAUGAUGUCCUGCGUGGGCUGGGGAUUGUGGGGAGCAGUGCUAUCGGUGAGGAUGAGGACGGCGAUCUGGAUCUGCCAGGACAUGGAAGGAAGAGUCUCUCCAGACAUACUGAGAUGGGUGACCGUGUGGGUCCUGUGGGAACAGGAGAGGCCAGCUCUUCCUUUGGGGCAUCAGGGGGAACUCAAAGACUUUCUCCCGUCAACUGGAGCAUGGUCCUGGACCGACAGGAGGCACUGGAUGCCAUGGAGAGCACAGAGUCUGGGCCCACUGUUGACCGACUGUUGGACUCAGUCUACCUAAGGAGUGGAGCUGGACUUAGAAGACCUCAGGACUCAGCACACCUAACUUUCUCCCACCUUCAAGGCACCCAGGGGAGCUUCCACCUCUCUCAGGUACUGCUGCCAGAAUGCGAUGACGAUGAUGAUGAUGAUGAUGAUGGAGUAGAUGUGCCUGAUGGUAGCAGGCCUUCCUUGGGCAUAAGGGGAGGGCCUUGUGGUGAUGUAACUGUUGCAGAGGCCUCAGACAGUACCAGUGAGGAUGAAAACAAUCCUCUUUCCACCUCUCUGGAAGCCAAGUAUUUCUCCCAGAGCUUCCACCAGGAACAAGAAGAUUCAGAUGACUGCUGGAACCAUUGUCCAGACAACCUGGAGCUUGAGUUUCAACAAGAAGCCGAUGCCAGUCAUGGUGUGGUGUACCAGAAUGAAGAAGGGCAGUGGGUGACAGACCUGGCAUAUUACUCCUCCUUUGAGAAGGAGGUUGAUGGAAAGAUAUCAGAGAUUGUUGGCCAGUUUCAGAAGGAGGACUUUGUUCCUGCCUGUGAUGCCAUGGAAAAGAUAGUUAAGGAUCAAGAGGAAUUUGAGAAGGAGCACCAAUUCAUGCAGGAGGAGAAGAUUGAACCAGUCAGCAGCAACAGCACCUUUAAUAGUGACUCAUCUUGGAAGGCCCCCACCACCAGCCACAUCCUGAUGAGGGCUUCCCAGGUCUCUUCAGAGUUUAACCAGGAGGACCAAAGCUACCUGCGACUGACUUUUGGGCAGUUUUUUGGACAACGCUCUGAAGCCCUGGGCUGUCUGGGCAGCACUGAGGAUGUGAAUGGGAUUAAACGGCCGUCCUUUGGUUACAUCAUUACCUCUCCAGAGAAAAGAGAACCAUUUCCCCUAAUUCACCCCUCAGAGUUCUCAGCUAGAGACUCUCUUCACAGUGACACAGCAGAAGUCAGUGAAGCAGACAAAACACUCAACCCAGAGGACCUGGACAAAACUCUUGAGGCACCAGAGGAAAGGAUGUCACCGAAAGGUGAUACUGAUCCGGAACCACGUGAUCAGGAGGACCAUAUUGUUAGAGCUGCACUACCUGACCACAGUGAGGGCUCUGGCUCUGAAUCAAGCUUGAGUAAUCAAAGCCGUGUGUCCCCUAACAACAACAGCAGCCAUCUGAUGCUGAGUAUCAGCACAAUCGCUUCAGCCAUUGCUGAUGCGUCCAUCAGCACUGACCCAUCGCAGCUGGCUGCUAUGAUUGUGGAGCUGUCCAAGCGGAGAAGGACAAGGAAUCGACCCGAAUCCACAGGGCCACACUCCACUGAACAUGAGCCAGAUCAGAGUGUCAUGCUGGACACACUGCACAGAAGCACCUGUGUUGGAGAGCUGAGUGCCUUUGACAUGGAGAAAUACCUGAAAAAGACUGACGUGUCAGGCAGCACUGAUGCCUCUGUGGCACACACCACCUUUGACCUGACCGGCUGGGCAGACAACCUCAGCAGUUCUCAGAGAAACCCUCAGGCAGGAUAUCCCGAGGAGCCUGGGAGCUCAGCUCAGCGAGUGGACAAUGAGACUCAACAGGAGUCCACAAGGACAAAAACUGAGGAGAAAGACAGAGGAGGAGAGACAACUUUAAACAGCUCAUCUGCAGCGCCUCCUCCAAAUGCAUUAUCUCCAGGUCAUAAAGGUGACCCAAGAAGAAGCUCUAUUCCUCGCCCUCGCACAUCUUCUGGUUCUACCAGAAGGUCUGUGGGCUCAGGACAGUCCUCCACUCUGAUGCCUCCUGCAGACAAAAUGGCAGCAUAUAAUAACCCCUCUUCCUCUGCUAUCAAGACUUGUGGUUCCUCAGGCAGUACCUGGACAGAAAAUGGAAUCAAACCAGGAGAAAUUAACCUACAAGCAUCUAGCAAUUUUAGGACUCCAUUAGAAACAUCACAGAAAAGUGAUAAAGGCUCUGCUUCCUCACCUUGCUUGGCAGAAACCCCACCAGGCCCAAGGAAAGGGCAGUCAAGUCUGCCUUGUUUUAAAGGUUCCUCUUCUCCGCCACAGAGGGCGAGGAGUGCAGGUCAUUCGCAGCAAGACAGACUGCCUAAUUCUCCAGAGAAGAAACCAUCACCCAGGAAUAUCAUGACUGCCUCACUACCUCGUAGCUCUGUUGAGAAGCAUGUUGGCUUCUCUUGCCAAAACACCCAACCUCCACUAGACCCUGCAUCUGAACUGCCCAAGGGUUUCUCUGAGCCCUGUGUGGAGGAGACGCAUUGUAACUUCAGACCGUCCACCUCUCCGCUUACUCACUCUUCUCCAAGCCAAACCUCCAUUCCCAGCGCUGAUGGUACGAUGUCACCUGUGUCAUCCAGUGGUGGUAUAGCAGACAAACGUCCAGGUCUUGACCUCUCACCUCAGUCUACCUGCUCCAGCCCAAGUCCCAGCAGGCUCACAUACAUCUCAAUGAAUGACGGCACUGUCAUACCUACACCCGAGAGGCGAAAGAAUAACUCUAGUAUGGCACUGAGCACCACCAUCAUCAGAAUCAGUCCAACUCCACCUGUGGAACCAGAUACACAGUCUGACCUCGAUAUUCUUGGCCUGGCCAAAAGCCUGGACCAGAUGCAGGCCCAGCAUUCUCAAAGUCUGGAUCCACUACCAGCACAGCAGUGUAAAAGCCCGGAGCCCCCACGCAGUGCCUCUGGUCUGAGCUGUACUCGCAGCCAGAGUGAAUGCAACUACCGCUGCCCUGGGGACAGAACUGGAGAUAUUGCAGCAAGUUGCAGGAACCACAAGCACCUCUCUGAGUCCAACGUAAGACAGCUCACUAAAGUUGACUCAGGCUAUUGCAGUAAUCUGAACAUUCAGCAAACUAGCAGCACUGCAGCUCCUCAGAGCUCCCAGCAGUGGGGAGCUGGUGGCUCAGUGUCAUCAUCGGUGUAUGCUAGUGGCCUCGGCAUUCCUCCGUCCUACUCAUCGGAAGGGCUUCACUAUGUGCCCAUCCCCAGCUUUAAGCCACAGUGUGCUGGCUUGAUUGACCUUCCUCACCAAGGAGAUAUGCAGUCCCUCCUCACUGGGCGCUCUCUCUUUAACUCCCACCUGGCUCAGCAGUAUUUGGGACCUGAAGCUCCAUUACAUCCAGGUGCUUUUAAUGUCAGAACAACAGGAAGUGGUCUCUUCAGUGUGUCCUCUGCAGGCAUACCCAACAGUGAUCUCACAGUGAGACACGUCCAUCCCACAGCAGGUCCUCUGGGGAUUUCGGGGUCCACUGGGUGCCAUCACCUCCCUAUAUCCCAUCAGGGCCAGCAGGACAUUGGAAUGAUGGGAAAACCUUACACUCAGUAUGGUGCAGAGCCACUGGUGGCAGGUGGUCUUGAGGAACUGAGAGGCCAAGUGGUGGUGCCAGAAGAACUGCGGUUUCCUCAUACCUGCUGUGUGGGCAUUGCUUCACAGACCUCCCUCAGCCUCUUCAACCCCUCUGAGAGAUGGCAGCAAGUGUCAAUCACUGUCACCAGCCUGGCCAUCGAUGGAGAGAAGGUGGAUUGCUUGCCAUACCAGUGGCUUAUAGUGAAGAACAAGACGAUCAUUGCCCCCAAGAGUACAGAAGAGCAGAAGGUGUUAUUCAUCCCUCCACAGGCUGGGGUCUACCAGUGUGUCUUCAGUGUUUGCUCCUGGCCUGCGUCCGCAGAGACAGAGGUUGCUGCCAGAGCCAACAUCUUUGCUAAAAGGGUAGUGCUGGUUGCCAUAGCAGAGAAUCCUGAGCUUGAGGUUGAAGUAAGCAAAUCUGGCUGCCUGGAUUUUGGAGACCUUCCAGGAGGCAGUGCCAAAUCUCUUUCUCUCAAACUGCUCAACAGGACUCAUGCUACAGUGCCCAUCCGUCUGGUCAUCAGUGCAAACGCUACAGCGUGGCGAUGCUUCACCUUUUCCAAGCACCCUACCAUAACAUCUGAGGCAGCACAGCAGGCUGGCCACAUGACCCCAGUGUCCUCUCCCUCGGUUAUGAAUCAUGUGAUGCAUGCCAGCUAUGGAGAGAAUCCACAGAGCUUCAUGGUCUGGGUUCACUUCAAGGCACCUCAGAAGUACACUGUUUCCUCAGAAGAGCUUGGUCCAGCUGAUGAGUACAGUGCUCGGGUGGACAUUGAAGUGGACUCUCCUGGUCUUAGUCAUGUGAUCAGGAGUAUUCCCCUCAGGGCGAGGUCUGGAACUGCAAGGGUGCAUGCUCCUAAAGACCUGCAGACUGUCAGCCUGUCUGCUCCACUGGGUAAAUCUAGUCAACAGACGCUGCCAUUAAAGAAUGCAGGAAACAUUGACGUUCAGCUAAAACUCAAGAGCAGUGAUGCUGAGGACAGUUUCUCUGUGACACCUGAUGAACUGUCCCUGAGAAUGGGAGAGGAGCAAGGCAUUGUGGUCUCCUUCAAAGCACAGGGCAGCAGGAAAUAUCGAGAAAGCCUUCUCACCAUCUUGGUGCUGCCUUCAGGUCCUCAGUAUGAGGUAACCCUGAAAGGAGAAGUUGUCCCAGAGGACUCUGGGAAACCUGCCAUUCCCUCUGCUGCUGUCAUUGGUCCUGGUGUGGCCAGUGAUGUUCCACCGAUCCUCUCUAACAAACAGUUCGUAGCCUGGGGAGGGGUCACUCUAGGACGAGCUAUCCAACAGAAGCUGGUUCUCAGGAACAACUCGACCACCACCACACAGCAGCUACGGCUGCUUAUUCGUGGUCAAGACCAGGACUGUUUUCAGCUCCAGAGUAUGUUCAGUCCUGAAGAGCGUUUGACGCGACAUGGGGAGCUGUCCAUUCGUCCCAAAGAGGAUGUGACCGUCCACCUGCUCUUUGCUCCCACCAGGGUGGUUUGCAUGUUGGCCAAGCUGGAGAUCAAACAGUCUGGAGUGCGGCCUUCACAGCCAGGGGUCAAAUUCACUAUUCCACUGUCAGGCUAUGGUGGGACAAGCAACAUCAUCCUGGAGGACCAGAGGAAACAGGCGGAUGGCUAUGUGGCAACACUGACUGAUAUCGCUGUUGGUCGUGUCAGCAAAGUGUGUUUGUGCGUGAGGAACACUGGUUCCAGAGCAGCUUACAUCAAAGCUGUGGCUUUUGCUGAUAUGCAGACACGAACACUAAUAGAACCCUCUGUCAUCAGCCUCGCCCCAUCACAGUUUGUACUUAAAGAAAGGACACAAGAGGUGAUUACCGUGCUAAUGAAGUCCACUGAAAGAGAACGGGCCCUAUGUCAGUCAGAUAAUGCACUGCUGGCUACUGUCUGUUUGUUUUGUGGAGAUGAGGUCUCCAGGCAGCAGUAUAGGAGAUUGCUUCAGAGUAAACCGGAGGCUGUGCGGAAGGCACUGUCUGAAAACAGUCUGCUGAAAAACAUUAACUUCAAUGAGAAGUUCCUGGGAGAAGAAAAUAUUACAGAGACCUAUGAUCUGCCCCAACGGCCCAAUGAAGCUCACAUUUUCUAUGGAAACAUGAGUAAGGUAGUGGUGUCAUUGCUUGGAAGUACAAAGAGCACAGACUGUGAGCAGAGUGAUCACACGGAGCUGCUGCUGCCCUCUGCUAGACACAGCGCAGAGACGGACAGUGUGGCGAAUGGUAAUGUGUCUCUGGAUGUGCUGCCAGUGAAAGGUCCCCAGGGUCCAGCGCUGAGAGUGGCAGAGCCCUCUUUAAAGGCGUCAGAGCCAUUACACAGGCAGUCUGAGUCCUGGACCAUCCAUCCAGAACAACUUGUCCUUGCAGCUCCCACCAUCAAUGGUGCAGCCACUACCAGUCAGGUUCAGAUCCGGAACAACACAUCCAGGGAGCUGUGCUUUGAUCUGUCCUGGCCCGCUCACUGCCUCACCAUCACCCCUCAGCAUGGCGUCAUCGAACCUCAGUGCCACCUACAGAUUUUGAUCAGCCCCAACCCUUCACUAGCAAUUAAAUCUACCCUGCUGCCAUGGAGUGGACAGAUUUAUGUCCAGUGUAACGGUCAACAGAAGUUUAUUAAGGUCCAGAUUCGUGGGGACCUGGCUCUGGAUGUGUCCGCGGCCCCAGCAGACUCAACUCUGACAGCCCUACCUCCUCAGGCUGCCACCCCAGUGCUGCCUAUGGCCAGGCUCACCGCCAAGUCGUCACUACCCCCACAGACCCCACAAGCACCUCAAGCCCUGGUGGAGAUCAGCAACAAGACCAUCAUGUUCCCCGCCACUCCCUCAGGGGAAACAUCAGAGGCCCAGCUGGAGGUGCAGAAUGGAGAAGUGGAAGUGAGAUGGUACCUGUCAUCAUUCGCUCCUCCAUAUGUCAAGGGGGUUGAUAACACUGGAGAUGUUUACCGGGCCACUUACACAGCUUUCAGAUGCUCCAGGGUCUCAGGCACUCUGGGAGCCCUGGAGAAGAUGCAGGUGCCUUUUACUUUCCUGCCCAGGGACAGAGGGGACUAUGCCCAGUUCUGGGACUUGGAGUGCCACCCGGUGUCUGAGCCCCAGCAGAAAACCAGAGUUCGCUUCCAACUGUGUGGCACUGGAAUAAAGUCUGGACCAGUGGAAGGACCACAGGAAGGAGACUGCUCUCUGGUGAAGACAGAGGCCACAGUCAAGACCAGGAAGAGGGCUGAUGUCACAGCAGGCAAAACCAGUCAAGAGGAUGCCGUGCGGAGAGGUGUAUAUUCUCCACAGGAUCUCUACACCUUCCCAGCCACACGAGUGAGUGAGUCCAGCACUCUGAAGGUCAACAUCCGCAACAACUCGUCCAGCACGCAUGAGCUGAAUUUUGUAAACCCUAUGGAGCCGUUCCACAUCAAGCAUUCCAAAUAUUCCCUGAGAUCGCAGCACUAUCUGAAGCUGCCCGUCCAGUUCAAGCCCAGUGCUGCAGGCAGACACGCUGGCUUGCUGCUCAUCCAGUCAGAAACAAGUGGAAGUCUUGUUAUUCAGCUGACCGGUGAGGCAUUGCCUUGAAUCUACCAUCCUACGCCACCUCCUCAUGCUGGCUGGCUGGCUUUGGGUGGAUGCUCUUCCCUGUUCGGUUCGUCACGGGACAGACCAGAGUAACAGAGGGGAAAAGGCAAAACUGCUAAGGAUCAAAUGAAGGCAACCACAGACUCAACUCCUUCCUUGUCAUCUUAUUUGGAGAUAAAGCUCUAAAGAUAUAUUUAGAGAUAUGUAGCUGAUUAACUGACUGAGACUCUCCUGCCAACACAGCCCCGUCUGCCUCUGGAUGUGGCACAGGUGUCCUCAGCUGGCCCAUGAAAAAAUGAUUGUGCCUGUUUGUGCCUGAAGCUGAAUGAUUUGGUCUGACAUGCUCACAAUUAGUCUGCAGCACUCUGACAUUUCACAGAGCUAAUGAUUUUUGUCACUUCACUCUGGAUCUGGUAUUUGCCUUAUCCCUGAGUCAUGUCACAAGGCAGCAUUGUUGUUGCCAUGGCCUCUGUCAGACAGUAGCAGUACCAGGGAUACGUCAGGGAUUACUUUGAGUUGGCCACAAAGGAAUGCCAUUGUCUCUUGUUUCUUGUUUGGUAACAUGGCUGUGGGGAUUUUUUUGUGCCAUACUGUGUUUUUUGCCAUGUUAGAUGGUAAAAUCUGAAAAAAGGGUCCUGGACAUUUUUGUUUUUGUCCCAAACCUGAUUUCUUGUUUCUGUUUUUCACAUAGAUUCUCAUUUUCAAAUUUAGGUCUGUCCACAUUUCAUAAAAAUUCUUCAUCUUCUGUGGUGUGGUUUCUAUGGAAAUGGCUCCCCGUCAUGCAGAGCCCACCUGCACAGUGGCCUUUGUCAUCACCAUGUGUUGACUUCCAGCAACCUCCAAGACUCGUUCCAAACAGUCCAGAUGUACUUAAUUUAGUCAUGAUCAAUGCAGCUCACAGCAACAUUAGGAUGGUUAAUGAUUGUUAUUACAUGCUAAAAGAGUUUCCUCUGGUGGGGUUUUUGUUCGGCAGCUUGCCAGGCCUGCUUAGUAUGGUUACCAUGGCAAAACAGUGUUAAUCACUGUUCCAGUCACAGAAAAUUAGCUCCCCUUUUCCUCUUUUGGCUCUGGGGCAAAUGGCCAAAAUUACUUGGGGGUACUGGAUUCACAUCCGUAAUGUGUUCUGGGACUGGAAUGGCAUGUGGGGGAAAUGUACGUAAACUUCAUCAAGGAUGUGUUGUUAACCUGUUAGAUGCCACACAUUGUGACAAUAAUUUGAAAAUGAAAAACACUAGAGCUGAGCAUUAUUUUCCUGCCAGUAGAGCAAGUUUUAAUAUGAAGGCAGUAUGUUGUCUUAGACAUGCCCUGACAACUGUCCUGACAUGUUUGUGUUUUACAGUUUGCACAUGCUUUAAAUAGUAUAUAAUGUAAUAUAUUGUUUGUACACAUUCUGAAUAAAGUUUUGUGAUAAAUA